GCGCGCUUCAACCGCCCUUCAUCCACGCCUCAACGGAAAAACGCCCGCCCAGACCCUCCUAGAGCCGCCUAGAGCUGCCUAGACCCUCCUAGAGCCGCCUAGAGCCAUCUAGGGCAGCCUAGGCCGCCUAGAACCGCCUAGGGCCGCCUAGAGCCGCCUAGGGUUCAGGGUUUUGUGUAUAGAACUCUAUGGUUGCAGGACAGUCCGACCGAGGACGUACUAGUAUCUUAUAUGAUGUUUUUGAUUACUUUGAACAAGGAGGAAGAGUUUUUGUUCAUUGUUGUCAAGGGGUAUCUCGGUCCACCUCAUUGGUGAUUGCGUAUCUUAUGUGGAGGGAAGGACAAAGUUUUGAUGAUGCAUUUCAGUAUGUGGAAGCAGCAAGAGGCAUUGCUGAUCCGAAUAUGGGUUUUGCUUGUCGGUUGUUACAGUGCCAAAAGAGGGUCCAUGCUUUUCCUCUUAGCCCGAGUUCACUAUUGAGGAUGUACAGAAUUGCUCCACAUUCACCCUAUGAUCCUUUGCAUCUUGUCCCAAAAAUGUUGAAUGAUCCAUCACCUUCUGCUCUGGAUUCUAGAGGUGCAUUUAUUGUUCAUAUACCGUCUGCCAUAUAUGUUUGGAUUGGUAAGAAUUGUGAGGCCAUCAUGGAAAGGGAUGCAAGAGGGGCUGUUUGUCAGAUUGUAUGAUGUUAGUUCAUACAGCUAAAAAUAAUUCAUCAGCAUCCUCUUCUUCUUCACCUCUAUAUCUAUCACCAGAUUCCAUAUCUUCUUAAUCGAGCACUAGUUCGAAGUACUUUUCAGAAUCCUCUAUGGAUUCUCCAUCAGCAGCUUCAUGCUCUCUUCCAGUCUCUUCAACAUUGUCAAAUGAUUCUGACAUGUCUCUCCUCUCAUCUAAAUCUUCUGAUCAACCCAUGUCUAACAGUGCAGAAAACGUUGUUUCCAAUUGUAGUUCACAGUCCUAUUCUCGAUCAACCUCGUUACCAUCUAAAAAGUUAUCUCCUCUUGCAGAGCGCAGAGGUAGUUUGUCUCUCAAGUUGCCUGUGAUGAGUGAUAAGAUGAGGCUGAUGAGUACUUCCUCAAAAUUUCUUUCCACUAAAGAAGAUGGUGUUAGGA